UUGAAGUGUGGAGGAACUGCAGCCCGCCAUUGUGUGUCUGAUCUGCAGCUGUAGCGAGAUAGAGAGAGUCGCGGGCGCAAACACUCUUAAAAACACACAUUUUCCGUUCGCUUUAACCCGCAAACAAACGCGCAGUCUAACACACAGGGUCCGGGGAGAGAGAAAUGUCAGCCAGCAGCCUUCUGGAGCAGAGACCGAAAGGCCAAGCAAAUAAAGUGCAAAACGGAGCUGUCACUCAAAAGGAUACUUUGAACGAUGAUGAGUUCGAGCCUUACCUGAAUGCUCAGCCCAGACAGAGCAAUGCCUAUACGGCCAUGUCCGACUCCUACAUGCCCAGUUACUACAGCCCCUCUAUAGGCUUUACCUACUCGCUGAAUGAAGCAGCAUGGUCUACUGGCGGUGACCCCCCCAUGCCUUACCUGGCCUCCUAUGGACAGCUUAGCAAUGGGGAGCAUCACUUCCUCCCAGAUGCCAUGUUUGGCCAAUCAGGAGCACUGGGAAGCAACCCUUUCUUGGGACAGCAUGGCUUCAACUUUUUUCCUAGUGGGAUUGACUUGGCCUGGGGAAACAGCAGCUCUCAGGGACAGUCCACACAGAACUCAGGUUACAGCAGCAGUUAUGCCUACGCUCCAAGCACGUUAGGAGGUGCUAUGAUUGAUGGACAGUCUCCCUUUGCAGCCAACGAGCCACUCAACAAGGCCGUAGGAAUGAAUAGCUUGGAUCAAGGCAUGGCGGGGCUUAAGAUCGGGGCUGCGGACAUGGCACCCAAAGUUGUCGGUUCUGGACUUCCCGGAGGGCCACUGAGUCAAGUGUCGGCAGCUCCUACUAUGCCUCCGGCCUCCAUGGCUCCCCCAAAAACUGCAUCUUGGGCGGACAUUGCCAGCAAGCCUGCCAAACCACAGCCUAAGCUGAAAAUCAAGGGAGGACUUGGCGGGACAAAUUUGCCACCUCCUCCAAUCAAACAUAACAUGGAUAUUGGAACGUGGGAUAACAAGGGGACAGUGCCUAAACCACCAACCCCACAUCAGGCUUCCAUGCCCACCAACGGUCAGCCACCCAAUCAGUCGUCCCCUCAACCGGGCACAACUGCAGGAGGGGUGCCGCAGCUACCCCUUAGCAAUGGACAGCUGGUGCUUCCUGCUGGUCAGCUUGGGCAACAUCCUCUUCCCCCUGGUGGGCAGCAAGGUGCUGUCCCACCUCCCUUGUCGCAAGGCCCCCCUCAACCUUCUCAACCAACCCGCUGGGUUCCCCCACGUAACCGUACCAACGGCUUUGCCGAUGCGGUAGGUGGACCUGGCCAAUCCCCUCCGAAUUUAGGAAUGGGUGGAGUUGCUGUUCCAGCAGAGCCGCACCCGGUUCUGGAGAAGUUGCGUAUGGUGAACAACUACAAUCCCAAGGACUUUGACUGGAACCCUAAGCACGGUCGCGUCUUCAUCAUCAAGAGCUACUCAGAGGAUGACAUCCAUCGCUCCAUUAAGUACAAUAUCUGGUGCAGCACGGAACAUGGCAAUAAGCGUCUGGACGCUGCGUACCGUUCACUGGCCAACAAAGGGCCACUCUAUCUGCUCUUCAGUGUAAAUGGCAGUGGGCACUUCUGUGGCGUAGCUGAGAUGCGCUCGCCUGUGGACUACAACACCUGUGCAGGUGUGUGGUCGCAGGACAAAUGGAAGGGUCGGUUUGAUGUGCGCUGGAUCUUUGUGAAGGACGUUCCAAACAGCCAACUGAGGCACAUUCGUCUGGAAAACAACGAAAACAAACCGGUCACCAACUCCCGUGACACGCAGGAAGUUCCGUUGGAUAAGGCACGUCAGGUGCUGAAGAUCAUUGCAAGUUACAAGCACACCACCUCCAUUUUUGAUGACUUCUCGCACUACGAGAAACGUCAGGAAGAGGAGGAUUGUGUGAAAAAGGUGGAGGUUCAAGGGAGUGAUCCAUACUCCAGUAACUCCAGUCGGAGCCACUACAGAAUGCAGGAUCGCCAAGGACGUGUGAAGUAACAAGCACUGCUUUGGGCAAAAGACUGACAGGCCCUGUGCUAUCUCCCCAAUAAUACAACCAGAUAUUUUCAGAAAUUUCUUAGGAGAAAGAUUUAACCAAGGAUUCAAAACGAGGAAAAAACUAAAUGAAGACUCUUUGAUUUUCUGUUGACCUAAAAGACUUACUUCGAACUUGUAGUAAAAGAAAAUGACAUGAUUAUACAUAGGACUACAACUUAAUAAUUCUAUAGGAUUCUAAUAGUGAACCCAGUACUUCCUUUUUUGGUCCCAUUUUUGUUCCACUGCCUCUUAUUUUUCUCCCCAUUUUCUGUUUUCUUUUUUUAAAGAGAAACAUCUGAUUUUACAGUCCAAGCACAAGGCUUUUGCUUCUCUCUUACUGGAAUAUUUGAGUUUUUUUAAUGUUGAUUUCUAGUGCCUGGAUCCUGUAUAGGCAUUUCCCCCUUAUUCUGUUAAUCCCUCCCCCUCUUUAUUGGAUCUAAACUAUCCAAUCAGAACACAAAGUGGGCGUUGCCUUUUCAGUGGAUGUUCCAUUGUUGGUAAUUGGCUAGUAGUCAGUAUAAAGCAUUGUUACCUUCUGAAAAAAAGUUUAUCUACAGCCCUCUGCCAUGAUUAUAUAUUGGGAAAAAAGUUGUAAUUCAAAGAAAUCAAAUGAUUGUCCUGAGUUGUAUUUCUGUUCCAGUUUUGUUUUUGUGUUGGUAAUAGAGGGUGUUUGGCGGGGGAAGGUAAACAGAAGCAGAUUUGUUGAGUUUAGGCUUUGGUCAUUGGAUCAGUUUUAUAGUGUACAAAAGGGGCCGUGUUUGACAGUUGUCAUCUUAUUUUCCAUUUACUCAUUUUUCAAUUUAAAGAAAAAUUGUUGUUAUGGGCUGCUCUUCUCCCGUCAUCUUUUCUUUCUCGUCUUUCUCUUCCGUUUCUUAAGUCAUUGAGAUGGGCCUUGCACCCUCUCUUUUUCAUAAUCAGUUCAUUAAAAAUAAAUAUGGUAUACUCGGCAGAACUUGUGUUGCAUUUUCCCCUUGUUUGACUAAAUAUUAUCCCAUGCACUAACCUGUGUCCUAAACUGCCUGGUCCCCCAACCUCCCAGCACCCACACUUCUGUUCCACACUAGCUGUCUGCACACUUUGCCCUUUACUCUCUUCUACCAUGUUCAUGUCAGUGCAUUAAAUGACUCCUGCAAAAACUGCUGGCAUUUAGCAGUGUCAGAAUAAAGAUGCUGCACAAA